CUGGUUCUAGUGUUUGAUUUUGAAAGCCUUUAUUACUCGUUAUACGUUUUCACCAAUGCAGUUAUAAUAGGUGGUCCACCUCCGUCUUAUCGUUCAUCAACAUAUGGUGAUGAAAGCAGUUCAUUAUCCGAUUUUCCAAAUGCGUUGAAACGACGAUCUUCUUGGUUGCAGCUAAUUGAGAAUAAUGAAAAUUUGCAACUGCGAAACGCAGGUGCUUAUCCUGUAAGUUCUUACAAAAAAACGACGAACAAUGGAUUUUCAUUUAAUUUUGAUAAUGCAAUACCUCUCGAGCAGAUAUCACCGAACAAUAUGGAAUAUUCUUGGUUGCCACCGUUCUCUCAAAGAAUGGGUCAGCAAGUCCCAAGCUUAUUGUCGAUGCGUAAAAAUGGUAAUCAGAUACGGUUCGAGCUCAAAGGUGGCCCUCCGUUUCGAGGCGACUUUAUAUCGGUUUAUGACUUUAAGAAUGUUGCGAUAAUUGACUCAACCUUGAAAAAUAAUGGCAAAAAUUUGGCAUGUUUCCUAAUGGAUCUUAAUUCCACCGCAAUGCCGGAUAUAGCAUCCCUAAAUGUUGCAGCAAAAAACUCUAUGAAGGUUAAACAAACCCAAGGAUGGGAGGAAGCUUGGUAUUUUGUUCCAACACCUUAUUCAAAUGCUACAAGUGGCUUUUUUAAUCCUGUUGUACCUGAAUGUACUGAAGUUCGUUGGAUUACUCUCAAUUAUACUAUUCUUGAUCAGAAAGGUUUUUUUUUUCAAAUUUCACUUUUUAACAAUCGAUGUACGGAAUGCUAUGAUUUUUGCCUUCCAGAAUACGGUAUAGAGAUGGAUCCGAUAAGGGGUGAGAAAUAUUUGAAUAUUCUUCGUCGCGAUUGUUUCCAUCUUUUUAUUCCCGAAUGGCGUUCUUACGUAUAUUCGAACGAACAGAAUCAACUUGAAUUCGAAAAGUAUUAUCAAAAUAUAAAAACAAACAGCGAAAAUGCACAAACAAAUCCAGCUGGCAUUAUUUAUAACAUUGAAGGUGAUACACGGACCGGUCAGAAUUUCGAAUCAAAGUGGAUUUCGCUGGAAAAUGCAAAUAGACGAAAUUCAUUUAAUGCUCCUGUGGUAUCACAAGAACAGCAUGCAGAUAACACCAAAAUAAACAGCAGGCUAAGUCCCACCGCUUUGGAAACCGUUCCGAUAGUACAACGACCAAUUGAACAAAAUGCACCUACUUAUUUUUCUUCCCAAGGAAGACAGUCACAGGAGUUCCAAGGACAAAAUCGUCAAGUUGCUGUUGGUGAUUACAAUAUAAAACAAACUGGAAAUAAUCCGAAUGAAUUUGGCUCACGCGUUAUUAUUAUGCGAAGUGAACAAGUACCAAGGCCAGUAUCAGCUCAGGUAUUCUUAUUUACACUUUCGUUUCAUUACUAA